AGAGUAUAAAACGGCAGAAUAAGGGUACAAAAUAACACAAUGGAAAAUAUAUACCCAGGUGUGAAUCGAAAUAGGCCAAUCAGAAAAACGCAGGCACAUGACCACCAAUCGGUGCAACCAUACAUAUAUGGUCCUUUGUAUUUACUAUUCUUAACCAAAACUGGUGAAAAGCUAGUUAAGUAACAGCAAACCAUAAAAAUUUGGUUAGAGAUAGAGGAUAAAGUUAAAGGCAUAACACCAUCAAGAAUAUGAUAAGUUUUUACUCGUCCAAUUGCUCUUUCAACAUGGAUUCGGACUGAAGCAAUAUGUGCAGUCUCCUCAACUUCCUCUGCAGUCAACUGGUCACGUGCCCCUUUCAAAAGGGGAAUGUUCAGAGUAACACCACGGGGUAAAAUUUCUGCAAUAUCAAAGCCACGAUCAGCCAUAACAUUGUCACCAGGAUCCAAAAGGGAUAAAAGUCCUGAUUUUAAGGUUAUUUCUUUGUCUGAGACUCUUCCAGACCACAGCUUAAAUAUAAAGGUAACUGCACCAUUGAAGCUAUCCCAACAAGGGCUUUCCAAGUACUGUGGUGUUUAUACUCAGACCACGUUUGUGAAUGAGCAACAAGUGAAGAAGGGACUUCAAUGAAGAUUUCAGUACAAUCUAUUAUGAUCCUUGUAGAUGGAUACCUCUUAAACUGUUCAGGCAUGUUCAUUUGAACAAGAACUUUAGAAGGAAAUGGAAAGAGGAUCGGCAAUUCAUGAUAAAGAAAGUUAAUCCAAGUUGUAAAGAUUUUUUAAGCAUGUCCUACAGAAAUACCAAAUCUGUCUACAAGAUCAACCAUAAAAAACCAACUUUGAGACGUAUCAAAACAAAAAUAAAUUCUUCAAAAUGUGACAACAUUCUUUUACGUCCACGCAUUGAAGACAUAAUAGAUUCUUCAGAAGGCUUGCUUGAUGAUUUGUGAUUUGUGUCCACGCCAGUAUGAAAGUUUUUGAAGCUUUGGCUCAAAAUAUUUGAUUACAGCACAAAGAGAAGAGUAAUUUGCAAAGCCUGUGUAAAAUCUUACUGCUGAGUCAUUAUCUUGAAUUUUCUUAAUAGAGAAAAGCUUCUUUUGAGUAGCAGCAAGCUCUUCAUUUACUCAGAAAUCUGCGUUGAAAGUUUCUCAACCUUCUUCUUUAGCUCUAUAAAAUUUAACAAAUGUGGGUCUUUCAGGAUGCCUGGUGAACAUUCAUGAUCCCCAUCACUUGGCAGGAGACAACUUUCAAGAAUUGUAGGUGACUUGACAAAUGAAAAGUCUGUUUGCCUUGAUACUGUCCUAAUUGACAGAGGAGCAAGGCUUUCUGUCAUUUCUUGGUCAACAUCAGGCAAUAAAGAAUUUGAAGAACAAGUAGGUAGCAGAUCCGAAGUUGAAGACAUAGAAGAAGAUGGUUUCCGAAAAACAUCAGUAGAGCUGCGAUCUCUUGGCUUCUUACGAACGGCUUGGCUUCUUUCGCGUGAUACAGGAGGUGUAUAUAAUUUCAAGGAUAGGGCUGCACCAGGAUUUAACUUCCAUCUCAAAGGGUUUCGUUUGAUGUCUGAAUCUUUAAAAUGCUCUUGACAUAAACGUGUACUCUCUGUUACUUUAAAACCGUCUAGACCAUCCACUCGUUCAAUCAAAUUGCACCAUAAUCGUUUCUCUGGAUUUCUUUGCAGGAACUUGAAAAAAUGUAGGCCAGUCGGCGUGCCGUCAGGUCUGUAUGAAAAAUUAUAGCACCCAAAAGCCGCACAUUGCUUUCCUAAUGAUGAUUUCUUUCCGACUCCACUACUAGAGACUUCGCUAUCCAUAAUAGUAUUCUUCCUAAAGGUAUAAAACCCCGAAAGUUUGAAAGAAACGUGAACGAAACUUGUGAUCGCCAUGGAAAGUCUUCACCCUCGUAUGACUCAAACAACCAUAGCUUCGCCCUCGAUUCUGACCUCGCAUUCAAUAGAAAUUGUGAAAAUGGUCUAUUCUCGAUUUUCACACACGUGACCCUGUGCAUGACAACAGUUACUAUCCACCAUUUUGGUGCACAACCACAGAUCGAUCGGUAGGCACAACAAAGGACAACAUCGCUUUUCAACCAUGGUUUUAUGUUUAAUGGUAAAUUGUCACUCAAGAAGUGUUCGUGAUAACUUAAUUUCUUUCUAUCGUGUACCUGCUGUAAUUACAAAUCAAGGAGAAUCAACUGAGGAGUUGUUGAUUGAGCGACGAAGAAGGUGGUUGAGCGAAAACCUUAUCAAAAGUGGAAGAGUUUGUAGUCGGCACUUUGUCCAAGGAAAACCGGCAGCCUCUUGGGAUAAGUGGAACGUUGACUGGGUACCUACAGUAGAACUAGGCCACUCAAAGAAAGUAGCAAGCAAUACCAAUGACCCAGAACUUCAGGUGGCACGAAGCGAACGGGCUAAAGAAUGUCGCAAAAGACAACAUGAGAGGGAGUUAAUGGAGAGAGCUACUAAAUUGGCAAAACUUAACGAGGAUGGGGGCAUAAAAGAGAAAAUUUCAUUAGAUUCCACUUCAACUUCAAUAAACAACGAAGACUUCAGCGAAUAUGGCGACGAUGACUUUUUGUGUGAAGUCACUUCAAAACUUGUUGGUCUAAACAUUGCUGAGUGUAGUACCCAGACACUCCAAACUAAAACUAGUGAUUCCACAACACAAACUGAGGAAUUUGACUAUAUGUUUAAAACACCAAAACCUUUUUUUGAUCGUGAAGACAUGCUGGAAGACGAGAAGGUCUUAUUUUACACAGGGUUGCCAACUUUGAAGCUUCUAGAUGCUGUCUAUGAACAUGUUGCCCAAUAUGUCACAAGAAGAUCUCUUACACUAACAAAAUAUCAGGAACUCGUUUUGGCCUUGAUUAAACUAAGACUUAAUGUGCCAUAUCAAGACCUGGCCUACCGAUUUGGGGUAUCUGUUCCUACAGUUUCAAGAAUAUUUCUAUCUUGGAUCACAGUCAUGGAAGUUAGACUUCAACCACUUAUCUACUGGCCAGAAAGAGAAGAAUUGUGGCAUACAAUGCCUCAAAGCUUUCAGUAAUCUUUUGGGAACAAGACCACUGUCAUAAUAGAUUGUUUUGAGAUAUUCAUAGAAAAGCCCACUAACCUCUUAGCAAGAGCACAAACCUUUAGCUCUUACAAGCACCACAAUACGGUGAAAGUCUUGAUUGGUAUUACUCCUCAAGGGAGCAUUUCUUUUGUUUCAAAGGCAUGGGGAGGACGUACCUCAGACAAGUUUUUGACUGAAAAUUGUUGUGCCAUUGAUAGACAGUAUUCUAAGAGUUUGUUCUGGUUUUGUCAAUCUUUGUCCUCCUAUUAUACCAUUUGAUUAGAUAACAAACAUGAUAUGCCAUUCUUAUGCUGUGGUCACUUUCUGUGUGCUUUAUCAACUGGACACACAAUAAAUACAAAGUCUGAAUCUCUACACACAUAUUAUUCUUUAUUAUAUAUAAAUUUAUUUCAUAUAAAAUUAUUUUCUGGAGAGUGGCUUAAACAAAAUUGUCAUAGGCUUUUGACUGUUAUGUUGAUUAUUACUUCAAAAAUUGUUGCAUUGCUGAUAUAAAAAAUGUGACAAGUAUGUUAGCCCUUCAAAUACACUAAUUCAAUAAACUUAAAUCAAUAUAUUACUACACAUUAUUUCUGUAGAAACACAUGAAUUAGGACUCAGAAUUUGGUCUCAAGUACAAAUAUAUUCUAAUCUCAUCUGUUUAGACAUAAUAAUGAUUUUAUUGAACUCAAAAUGAUGUUGCCUUGAGGGGAAAGGGGGUCAUUUUUCCAAAAGAGGGGGAAUAUGAUCAAAAUUUGGUUUACAUCUAUAGUGAACACGAAAGCUGUAGCUGAGUGAAAAAAAUUCCCUACAUCUAGAUACCUAAUAGAUAGUUGGAAGUGAUUAUUGAUGAUAAAUCAUUUCUCCAAAUUUUUCAACAGUGGCUUUACUUGACUUUUGCAAACUGGAAAUAAAGACAAAUAAUUUAGAAAGAAUAAUUUACUAUUAUGAACAUUCUAGUUGAAAAUUAUUUCAUGUUACUGGCUAAAUUGUUGGAAACAUUGUAAAUUUGCCUUGUUUUAAACAUUUGCAUACAUGUGGACGCAUUUUCGGAAUGUCAAAUGUGAAGUCUCUUGGAUUUAAACCAUGUACAAGGCAGGUUGCAAAUGCAAUGGCAAAUACCCCACAGUCACUUCCAUUCUGUUGUUGGACUAGAACAUUAACUAAAUCAAUGUAACUGUCAGCCAUCAAACACUUUACCUGUUCCAUCACCUCUUCCUCAAUGAUGUCAUGGUACAGACUGUCAAAAAGAUUGACUAUUCCUGGUUUGCAUCCGAUAGAGCUGAUACAGACCCAGUGCAUGUGCCCAGUAUGCAGUAUUUGAAUGAAUUCAGAUGUUACUAUGUCAAAGUUUCUUAUAGGCCCAAGAGUUGUUUUUUGAAAGCUCUCUAUUAAAGGAUUGAUCUUUUGUAAUAAUAAUUGUGAUUGCUGAAUUAUAGAGCAGUCUAACCACCCAGAGGGUGAACUGAUUAUGUCAAAAUGGUUUUCAUUCAGUUCACCAAGUGCACCCCUUUUACCUAUGUGGCCUACAGUUUCAUUUGUUAUUAGAACACCUGAUUCAUCAUCACUGGAAUCACUUGAAACAUAACUUGCUGAAGCACUGUCAGCAAUUGUACCCUUGUCAGUUUCUUUUUGGAUACAAACUUCAGCUGUUGAAUCAAAAGGGCCAGUUGACCUGAAUUUUGCUGGUUUAGCUGUAUGGGAAACCUUACAGGUACUGCGCAUCCAUGUAGUUUGGCUAUUAUUGGGCAUUUUCUUGUAGUCAAGACAAUUAAGGUGAAAAUAUUUUCCAUUUUUGCAAUUUUCACUGUGGCAUUUCAGGAGCCUUUCAUUCUCUAUUGGCGUUGAGUGACAAACACAUAUGGUAUCCAAUUUUAAAGCCUCGUCAUUGUGUUGGCUCUUUAAACAGGCUUCUUUUGAUAUUUUCCUACUUUUCUUGCAUUGGAAUUCAGGUAGCAAACAACAGUUAGGGCAGUACCACUCCUUUCGACUGGAUCAGAAAUUCGUAAGCAUGCAUAAUGAAACUCCUUUAUUAAGCAUGUUGGGUUACUGCAGUUCAGAGUACUUCCUUGAACUUGCAUCCUGCAGUAACAAAUAGAAGAGGAUUUUGUCUCUGGCUGAGUUGGCUGUAAAUGUAGUAGGUGCUGUUUUCUUGUAUACCAACGUGCAACAAGCUCAGGUAAAAUGCACAUUUGCCAAACUUUGGUUACCUUUGGAACAGUAGCUUCCCAAUGAUAUAUAUCUGGAAAGAUUCUUUCCAAAAAUAAUAUAGGCUUACCACAGCUGAACACACACACAACGAAGUAAUAAAAUUGUCUACCAAUUGCUGUUGUACUUGAUAGUAAUACUUUCGUCUCAGUCUGAAUGAGUCAUCAACUUUUUCCAGACAAGAACUUUUUCUAUUUAUGUAGCUUGCAAAAUCACUAUCGUCACUUGGGUAAGAGCAUUUGACUUCCCCACAUCCAUUACCACAGCAAGAACAUGUACAAAGGAAAUCGGGUGUUGCAUGCAUCCAAGGAUGUUUUUUGUAAAUGAAAACACCACAUUUCUCUAUUGCAAAAUUGUCAUGAUUUGCAGACAUGACAGUGUUGUAGGCCUCUAUGGCUUUACUUUCAUUUUUGAUCCCAUGGUUGAUUGCUUUAGAGUUUACUCUAAAUAACUGGGGGUAACAUAUGCUCUUAAUCAGAGAGAUAGAUGGUUGGGCAGGAUUUGUGUGUGCAACAGAAUAACAUAUUGAAGCACCAACCCUUCCAGCUCUGUGCUUAAAGAAUGCAGUACCAUUUGAUUGGUCUCUUGUAUCACAUUCAAUUAAUUUAAUGUCAGAAUCAGAAAGUUUAACUUCAACUUCACAACACUUUUGCAACAAUUCAGGGUAGGUAAGUUUCAAAUUUUCAUAAUCAUAAAGUGCUGGCAAUGUUGGAAUCCGUCGACUUUUCAGUACAAAUUGUUCUGAAAAUUCAGGUACUAGGGAAAGGAUAACAGGUUUCUUGUUGCUUUCAUUUAUCUUUGAGAAAAGAGCAUUCAUCUCUGCACCAGAAGGAAACGGUACUUCAGGCACUGACCGUGGCACAGGCCUUACUGUUGGAGAGAAAUCUGACAUGGAUAAAUCAUCAAUUUUUUCAUCUAACUUGGCUUUUAAUUUUCUGGCGGACUUGAAAUUGAUAUCUUUAACCUCCGUGUAUGGUACUUCGUUUACAUUUGUUGGAAGUAGCCAAGUACAUUUAACUUGGGUACACGCUAACUUAAACUGUAACAGUUGGUGGAGUACCCGAUUUUGCUUUCAAGCAUAAGAGCAACGAUUCCGAACCAAUUAAGCAUCACUUUCACAGACACAAGGAUGUUAUUUGCCGCCUGUUCAUAUUGCAAAGGUUACGGUCAUUACAAAUCUCAUUGCCUCAAACUGCUAACGAAGCUCAAAGAUUCAUCCCUAAAAAUAUGUCGAGACUUCAACCGCUUCAAAGUCGCCCAUUGUGAAGAAGAUUCCAAGAUUUGCAAAUAUGGAAGAGACCACAAAUGUUCAAUCUGCCUGAAAUUUAACUGCAAAGCCUACACUCACAUUCACAGUUCACACGACACUACCAACUUCAACCAGAAGUCACUUCUAUCCAAGAUCACGGAUACACUAAAAGAUCUAAUAGAGCGUUUUAACCAAAUGAAGGAAGACUUUGCUCAAAGUCAUCAGAAAAGUGAAAUGGCAUUUAUUGGUCCUCUAGGUCCACGGACAUCAAAUUCCGAAGCAUCAACUUCAGUAAAUCUCAACCACAAAGGCAUUCUCGCCACACCUAUUACCUCAGCAAACAAGAAUCUCAAUAUGGCUAUUUCUACUGGUUUUCCUUUAUCCUGUACAGUCAAGUUUUGAUGUUCUGAAAUGAUUGCAAAGUGGACCAUUUUGUCUAUAGAAAUUACAAGGUGAGCAACUUUAUUGAUGUGGUAAGCAGUUUUGGCAGAACCAUUCUUUUCUUGGUUUUCUUCUAAUGUCCACACACUUGUUAUGAAAUUUCCUAUUGUGCAGUUUUCCCCAGCACAAUCAUUUUGCUAUAUGCUUUCUUCUUACAAACACACCACAAUUCAUCACUACGAGGCAAUUCUUUCUGUUUUGAAUAAAUAGUUUUCGUGACAAUUUCAGGAAGCAUGUGGUUAAAGAAUAAAAACCUCAGAUGCUGAAGCCAAGUUGCUGCUGAAGCAGUUAUUGAGAGAAACUGUUUGAAUAUGCUUUUCAAUAUCUGUGCAAACAACAAAAUCACAGUACUUUACUUGAAGGACAAACAUUUGAAAUUGUAUUUGAGCCAUGUAUAGAUGGUUUUGCUUCAAAGAGAGAGCACUAUCAAGACGGAAAGUAGGGUCUUCAUUAAGAGCAUUUGAAUGGCUUUCUCCUUGUUUUUGAAAGACCAUUUUAUUUCCAAAAUUUCUCUACUACAACAAAUGGGCUCUCCUUAAAUCUCUGCAGCCAUAUGAAUUCUGCCAAGUAGUCUGGUAUAAGUUUGCGAUUUGUUAAACCAUGAAUCUAUUUUUUGCCUGUUGCUACAUUGCCUCCAUGUGGUUUGUAGUUGUCCUGGCGACUGGGUCAACAAAAUUGUAGGUGUGUUUCACUGUCCUGUGUUGGUAGCCGAUGUUCCCUACUUGGUUAUAUGCCUGCCACAUGUCUGAACAUACGAUGGAAGCACAACCCAAGUUUGCAAAAUUGUUGGCAAGGUUACAGCAUCCCUUCGAGGAACUGGAACCUGGAACCCUUUUUUGUCGACCGGGUCAUAUCCUCCGAAUAUCCAGUUUUGAGAAAGAAUUCUGCCGCAAUUAUAUUUCCUCUUGGCGAACAGGCUCUCAUCAAUUUCCACAAUGCGGCCAGGUCCGUCAAUCUGUUGCGGAUUGUUAAGAAAAUGCUCCAAACAGACAUCGCGGCAGAAUUGCUUCCAAUCAACCACCGUGUGUUCGCUUUUGAUUUCAAGUUGCUUGAGGACCUGCUUCUGCGACAGGCCCUUUGUUCGUCCACAGUCUAAACUCCAGAAAUAGGUAAGCCCUAUUAUUUGCCACAAAUGCAACUUCGAACCUUCAAAGAAACUCCCCUUGCGUAUGUUAAACCUUCUUUGACAUUGUGGGCAUCGUCAUGUUACCCCAUCCUGGCAUCUAUUGAAGGCACCAACAUGACAGCGCUCACAUAACAUCAUUCGUGAAAGCAGCCCAUUCUGCCAACACCAGGCAAUUGUAGCAGGAAUGUUCUCUGUGAAUUGUCGUAAUAUUCCAAAUAGAGUCAGUCAUUGCAUUGAACUCGUCAAAAUUGGGAACAAAUCUUGCCAUUUUGUUGAUGGUCCUCCAGAGUGACUUACUCUUUGUUGGGAAUGCAUUUAUAGCUUGUGUGCAAUAAUCAUUAACACACAGUUUCUAGACACCAAUAGGCUGCCAAGGCGUUAUGGUUUUGCUUUAAAGAGAGAGCACUAUCAAGUAUCUUUCUACUAAUUCUUUCUAAAUCGUCAGUUGAAACACAGUUUUAGCGCUGUUUCUAAAUUUCGUAAUUUCUUAGCAAGUAUCACAUGUUUCAGCCGUAAAUAUAGAAAAAUCACCUUAGAUACUUUUAAUUGCAAAGCCUUCAACUUUGCUUCAAUAGCUUUGUGCAAUGGCAUUCCUGCUUUAAAUAGCUCUCUCCACUCGAGACAAAUAUCAAGGGCGACAAGGACUUUGUUACGCACAUUAAAAAGCCCUGAAAGGAAAUUCGAAUGAAUGAUUGUCAAAUCAGGUCUUCAUUUAUGUCAAUAGGAAUAAUGAUUGAAAGAAAAAUUUCUGCGACCCGGUUACCCAGGUUAGUAAGGGUUUGCUAUGUAAGUUUAGGUUGGAACAAAAAAGCAUUUGUACACUUAUAGAUUGAGAAUAGUUAAAUGUAAUGUUACAACAUCAAGUGCCUUUAUCCUGUUUUUAGCUAGGUAAAAGGCCACACAAGAGAAGGGGAAGAAUAAAGGAUAUAUAGGUCUUUUCAUUAAAAGGUGUGAAAUGACAAUUCACGAUUCAUACCUAACUCAUAACAAAACAACUGAUAAGUGGCACCACAACUUGGCAGCGAGCAUCGCUUCAUUUUUAUGUUGAUAACCAAAUAUGGUUUUUCAUUAGUGAGAAGCACACCAUUUCCAUUAGCACCCUCACUCCCCAAACAUUGCUUUGGUAAGCAACUGUUAUCAGUAGGCUCAAAACAAGGUCUACCAAAACCCGUUUCAAUUGGCAGAUUAUUGACCAUAUUUAAUAUGGGCACUGGAAUCUUGUACGGCAACUCCCUCAGGAUAAGUAGAGUGAGGGUGGAUAAAAAUGACAUUGGCAAUUCUUGUUCUUGAAGUGACUGAGCACUACCACUUAUUUCCAUCAAUCCGUUGGCAUGUUCUUUAUAAUUUUUUUCUUGCAAGUGCAACAAAAUGAAUAUGCAAGCAAACUUUGCCUUGAAAAACCUGAGAAACAUAACUUUGCCUUUAAGAAACAUAACUCCACUCAAUAAUCUAAUGUAUGAAUGGCAGUGGUACCAUGCAGGGUGGCUUUUGAUUCUGUAGAGAGAUUUUGAUGUUGAAGAGAGAUUUUGAUUCUGAAGAGAGAUUUUGGGGUCUCAGCUGGCAUAUGUUCAGUUGGGCAAAUUCCUUACUUGGCAAAGUGAACAAAAGCUUUAUCAUGCCAUUGAUAUCCCAUUAAGGAACAAUUUCAAUUAGCCUUUUAGAACUGGUGAAUAAUUAUAUUCUGCCUGACUUACUUAUAGAAUAUUCAGUUAAACUUUGAAAACCAAGUGUUAAUUGAUGAUAUAAGAGUAUGGCAAUGGAGAUUGAACGAAAUCCAAAUUGUCUUAUGUCUAUUUGGUAUUGCACCUGGUUUAUAUAUUUUUUUGGGAAAAAGUGCUAAAGAGAUGAAAAGCUGCAUUUGGGCAAUCUUACCUGUUUUGUUCCUCCAUACUUUUUCUUUCACUGCUCAUAGGUGCAUUUUAGCUGUUCUUUUCCUUGAAAAUGGUCUAUCACGACAUGAGAAUAGCCCAUCGAGUUGGAGGUCAAGGGAACACCUUUAACCUCAUAACUUUUUGAAGAUACUUUGACCACAGUUGGUAAAGAACUGUCUUGAAUUGCCUCUAGUGCUUCUUGAAUCUCUUUGUCUGGAGUAAACGUUUAUAUUUCUUUGGGCGAGAAAGACACUGCAUAAAAUGGCUCAGUUAGUAUUUCAAGCAAAUGUGCACAAGUGAACAUUGCCCCUUUGCCACUGGUAGCAAAACUACCACGCAAGGUCAAGCACUUUCGAACGAAACAUAUUUGUUUGUUUUCAUUUGAGAAGACAAACGAUCAGUUGUCGUUUGGGGUAAGCUUCACAGAACAAAGACAAUCACCAGAGCUUUGCCUAUAUAUAGUGACGCUGUUAUUCUUCUUUGCAGGAUGCUUGUCUGGAGAAAGGUUUUACUUUCCUCCCAGUUCGAAACCACAUUCAAAAACUGAGGCUUGCUGCGAUUUGUAUAUACCUUGUUACAUCCUUUGCAAGAACUUCGUCCUUUUUUAUUAGCUUUCGGCAAGACACUGUCGUUGAAGGUAGCCAUUCAAUGACUGGUAACAAAUAGUAGAAUACCACCAAUACUGGCGACAAGCGAAUAUAUUGAGGAGCUGAGCAUGCGAAUAUUAUAUAACAAUGGAAAGGAGGUUAGGGAAUCGAGCAAGAGAAAGUUUUUUAAAGAAUGAGGCAACCCUCUGUCCUGUAUUCAGAGGGCAUGCGUAAUAAAAUCAUGCAACUUGAAAUCUUUCUCUUUCUUCUUACCAUUUGCUAGCCUUCCUUCAACAAAAGGGCUUGAAGAUCAAUUAAAUGAAAUAAUUAAAUUGAUGAAAUUUAUGUUUACCACCUGUUUAAUAAUGAUUCUUAUAUUAAUUACGAUUAUGAUUAUGAUUAUGAAAUUACAUAACAAGUUGACUUAUUAUCCAAUUAGCGUAAAACACUGAGUAACAGCUUUCACAAUCUUGUUUCAGGGUGCUGUAAAUAUGCAAAAUCAGUUAAAGGCAUUACGAAUUGCCUGACAUAUUGUUUAAAAUAUUAUAGCCAUUUAACCAUGAGGACUUGGGUCCCCAUUUUAUAUUCACACUGUUUGUAGUUAGAACAGCAGGGUAUCAUGUUUCAAGUUGAGUUGUUAUGUUGAGUUUUGGUGAAGUCGCAAAAAGAGAAUUCUUCGCUAAAGUUUCGCUAUUUUAUACGAGUGAACUUGCAAGGUUGAGGUAUUUCCAACAAUAUGUCCAGAUGAGCACAAGCUCUGGCCCUAUCAAACCUCUGUUAUCUGGUCUCAGUUCAUAAGUUUAUGAACCAGGUCAGAAUAACAGUGAUCUGUUAGCAAACUUAAAAUCUCUCAUUGGCCACAUUUCAGCUAAUUUUGAACAUAUCUAACUGAUUUUGCAUAUUGAGAGGUUUACAGACAACAGGAUUUUUUUUUGGAAGAUAAUUAAUAGAGAGUGCGGGAAAAUAACCAACCCAAGCGAGGCUGGAACUCACGACCCCUGACUUUGUAUGUCAAGUGCUCUACUUGUUAUUUCUAGUAAUGUUUUUCACAUACACACAUGGAUCUGCUUUAUUUUGAACAUAACCAGAGUCUUUAAAAUGCUGGUCAAUCACACUAUUCCAGCAUCUUGCAGCCUGAUUUCAACCAUACAGACUCUUUUGCAAUUUGCAAACAUAAUCUGGAUUCUUUGUAUCUACAUAGCCUUUUGGCUGCUUCAUGUAGAUUUCAUGUAGACAUCUAAAUUGCCAUUCAAAAAGGCUGUUUUCACAUCCAUUUGAUGGAUGUCCAUGCUCAUGGCAUUAGCAAUGGAAAGAAUUAUUCGAAUGGAAUUUGCUCUUGUAACUGGUUCAAAAACUUUAUUAUAAUCUACACCUUGUUGUUGGGAAUAUCUCUGUGCCACUAGUCUGGCUUUGAAUCUGUCUACAGUACCGUCAGCUCUGUGUUUCACUUUAAACACCUAUUUUGAGCCUCCAAUAUUUCUAUUCUUAGGCAAUGGAACAAGUGUUCAUGUUUCAUUCUUGCGCAAUGAUUCAUACUCUGAGUCAGUUGCUUCUCCCCAUUUCUCUGCAUAUUCACCAUUCCAAGCAUCUUUUUAUUGAUCUUGGCUUGCUUCUGGAAUAAUGGAGAGAAAAGCAUUUGCUGUGAGAUUCUCUGCAUCAGAUAAACUAUCAAGAUCAAUUGCUUCAGUAUCUAUCCAUUCACCAUAUCCGUUUGGGUUUCUCCUUUCUCUUUCAGAACGUCUUAGUGUCUCACUAUCUCCCACUGGCUCAAGAUCUUGGAGAUUGUGAUUAUCAACUUCUGCUUUAUCAUCUGCUUCUGGAUAGAUAACAUGAGAGUCCCUUUUUUGUUCUAAGUGUGGACAAUAUCCUCCAAUAAUCUUAUGCGAUGCAACAUCACUUGGCUAUCGGAGGAAAUAUUCUCGAGGCCUUGAAGAGCUACCAAACGAGGCCAACCCUGUAAUGCUCAGUGGAAGAUAAGUGAUAGAUAUCUUUUUUGUGCUUAAAGAUAAAUUUUUCGUACAUUAUAGUAUUGCUACCGUGAUGGGCUACUUCAAUUCCACAUCAAGAACUUCACUUCUGAAAGUUAUUACGUAGACUAUUGUAGUCAAUAUAUGAGCAAUUCUUUAUGAAAACUUCUGAUCUUUAUGAAAAUGCGGGCCAGUUCUAUUCUUUACUCUGUCAGAUUCUGAAGCUUUCUCAUUUUAAAUAAUUCUAUUUGCUGGCGAUAAUAAGAAGAGUGCAAAAUUUAUUCUUUCAUUUCUAAUUCAAGAUUCCUAUCUUUGGUUUUGUAUCAUUACUAGCUUCAGCCAACGAGUUUGUAUCAAGAAGAGGAAAACCAGGAUGUUACUAAGAAAACUUGUUUCAUCAAAUAUUUGGAAUGCGUAGAAAGAGCAUCACUAAAUACACUUCUAAGCCACGAACAUCCAAACAUUUUACACGUGCUAGAAGCUCGUGAAGAGCUAUUCAAGGCUGUGAGCAAUUUCCAAGGGAGCUAUGUACCUUCUUCAGGUGCGGUUUGUUCUUAUAUACCACGGACAGCUUCCUUCAAUCAUUUGGCAGCACGUUUAUCCUCUGGGCUGAUAAUAAGGAAAGACCCAGAGGCCCUAUCCGAGCUUCAGAUUUGUGCCCCCAUUGUUUAUGGAGUUAUAAAAUGUCUUCCUGCUGCUUCUUUGCCACAGCCGUGGAUCACGUUGCUUGAAGAACUAAUUGUGAAGCCAAGGUAUGUCACAGAUUUCCAGCCUCAUGACACCUCAACAUCGAACAGUUUCUUAUCCAACAGUUUGAGCUUCUUUCCUUCGUGGCCACAGCUAUCCGACCGUGGCUCCUACACAAUGGAUAAAACGAAGAGCGACACCAGGGAGGAAUGUGCUAAAACAUAUCGAGGUCAUCCAAAUUUGUUGCCUGGUAUAUUCACAGUUUACUGUCAACACGGUAUGCUCUUUUGAUUAAUGUUCUUUGCUUUAGAAAAAAUAUGUCAUUAAAUUGUAGCAUAUAUAUCUGAGGUGCCCAUUUGGAGUUAACUUAUCAGUGCAGUUGCUCUUCAGAGAAAAUUGUAUUGUUGUCUUGAACUUUCCACCAAACAUAUAGCAUGGUUUCCGUUUGUUAUAAAAUAGUUAGUCGUCAUCCAAAAAGGAAAUCUCAUGAGUUAUUAACAAACCUGACAAAAAUCGUUGCUUCAGAACGGAUGAUUCUGUCAACAGCUUUCGUGAUUAAAAAAUAUUGAACUUUCUAUGAACUCGUUCCGUAUGACCUCUCGUUUGGCAACUUUUGCUUUUUCUUUCCGAAAUUUUGUUUUAGGAACACCUUUUUUAUCUAUUCAGAAAUCUGCUACGGUUUUGAAAUGAUGCAAUGCCAAUGUCCCAUUCACAAUUAUGCAAACUAAAUUGCCUGAAGGUAUUUAUACAGGAUUUAUCACAUCAAGCUAUUGUCAUAAUAAGUGAUUUGAUCUUGUUUUAGUAAUACGUGCUGUUAUCUUGAAGAUUGUUUCAGAUUGAAGGAUUGUUUUGAAAUGACUCCACUUUUUGAAUGGCUCCACUUUUUGAAUGCCUCCACAUUUUCAGCAUCGUUUCGGAGUUUGGUAUCGAAUGACAAUGUUCUCGAAACUAGCAAUGGAAACGCAAAAUCUAUCUUGGGAAAACAUCUGGUAACAAUGUAAAGCCAAUUAUGUCCAAAUGUGUAGACGCAUCAAAUAACAGGAUCUUUUCCAAACUGAAUUAUUUUUGUUUGGAAUCAACGAAGAUUUUCUCCUGUAAUCAGAGUCAUCGUUUCUUUUUGAUUGUGUCGAUUUGAUUUUCUUUGUAUAUUUUAAUUUUUUUUUUAAAUUUUAAUACCGAAAGCAGUGUAAAAAUUGAUAUGUUUAAAAGCGUUUUUCAUCAUGUCUUUCAUCGCUUAUUGUUUCCUCUUACAAGUAAUUUGUUGGCCUUCUCGUUGGCCUAUUUAUUUCUUUUACAGCCCCUGAAGCAAUAAUAUAUGAUAACUGUUGCCAUCUGCAUCAUUACUGCUUAAACAGAGACCUUGGCUUCUUUGAACAAUGCAACUUUUUAGUAGACAGAUUCCACUGGAAGAAUCAUAAAGGUUUGUAAAUUGUUGUUGUUGUCGAAGCAGUUGCAAAUAACUGUGCCCCCUGUGAUAAAUAUACGGAUGAAAGAUAUACAACAAUCUUUGUUCUACGUUUUUAUCUACCUUAUGGUCUUUUUUCUUGUGUCGAACAGUGAUACCACAUCUUUUUAUUGAUCAUUAAUUUGAAUAAAAAUGAAAAUCAGAUUAAAGAUAAUUUUUCAAAUGGAAAUGAGUGUAAACAAAAGAGCUCUCAUUUCAGUACAACAUACACUCGAAUAUAAUGAAGAAUUAUUGCGAGACAGUACUUUAUGAUUGGAAGCUAGCUCAAAUGUAUAUAGCCAGUGAUAGUUACAAUACGAAAAGAUUGUCGAAAUAGAAGGAUUUGAAUUGUCAACGAUAGGCUAGAAAAGCAAUAUAUUUGAUAGCAUUUACAUUUAUUUUAAGCUUUGUCCAAUUGGUAGGAGGACAGAGCUGUCCCUGCAAUCCCAAUGCGUCAAGGGCCAUUUGAAUUAAAGGUAUAUUUCUUAUAUUUAGCUUGUGCUGAAAGCUACAAUGCUUCUACUCAACCAGCAUAUGACCGAAUCAACACCCAAAUCAACGAGCAGAGAAAUGCAACACUGAAGACGCUCAAGAGUCAAGUGUCGUACAUGAAUGAAGAGAAUUUUCUCAGCUACAUCAAGCUGCUUCUUUUUUACUGCAAUUACACACUUAAACAAGAAAAAGGAUUCUGAAGCUUCAAACAUUCACCCUUUUCUUACUUUAACGCUUAACUUGUUUGACACCCUAUUCAUUUGCCAUGAUUAAUUCAUUUGAUCAUAUUUUAUCGUCAUAUAUAAAAAUUCUAACCUUUUCUGUGUUUUUUCAAAGGUGUGAGCCCUUACAUGGAAAACUUUUCUUAUAAAAAGCAACAUAAGAUAAAUUAUUCUACAAAUAAAUAAGACGAUAUUAAGAAAAAAGUUAAUCUUUGUCUAUUUUGAGAGAGAAAUUAACCAACCUUUUUGUUAAAAUUGUCAAUGUUUAUCAAAACAUUAGGACUUAGCAAAAAAGACACUGAUUAUGUAUGUGCCCUAUUACAGUUUAUCGUUUCAAAAAGCCUUUAAUUGGAAUAUGUUGAAUUUACGAUGUUGAUGGAAUUGUUUCAAUGAUCAGUGACGAUAAAAGAACUUUUUUGCGUAUUUUUUCUAUAAAUGUGUCUUAACAUUGGCGCUUAGCAUGACAUAAUUUGGACAGCUAUGCGCCAUUCCGAUUAUUAUUGGUACAAGAACAAUUUGUAGACAAAAUUUUGAUCUCCAGACACAAGGAGAUGAUUGCAAUUAUGAAUAACGACAAGAUGACCAUUUGGGAUAACCAAUAUAAUAUUAUGUGAUGAAUCAUGUUUGACAAUAUAAAAGCUAUUACACCCGUGUUCAGGGAAAUUUUUUGCGGCACGCUCAAGCCUCUAAAUCUUGAAAUAGGAUUUGUGUUGCGAAAAGGGUGUUCAACAACUUUGCCCCACUAAAUAAAAGACAAAUUAUUAGGAUUGAAAGUGAUUGGAACUGAUAGGUCAUAGAGAAUUAACAUGGUACAAGAAGAAAGGUCUGAUAAUAAGACUGGAACUAAUGAAAACAGUUUAGAAACUUUAAAAGCCCUUACCGAUGCAUCACUAACUAGGCAUAUUCUUUGUGAGGAUCGGCGCAAUAAAUUUUCACUCCUCUUAAAAACAGUGCCAGUCUUGGAGAGUAAAAUUCUUUCUUUGCCAUGUCAGUAAUGAAGUUCUGUAAUAAUAUCAUAUACGAAUAAUAAAUUAUCUUUUCCAAGACAGAUUGUUUGCUGGCUAAUAUUAUCUGAUAAUUCGUGGUGAAUGAACUUUGCAACUGAAAUGAUAUUAUUCAGCUAUCAGUGGUAGUGGAAGUAAAUUUUAUAUGGCUCGGAAACUGUUGGAAACCUAAAAUUUUCGUGUAAUCGCGCAAGACACUACUGUAAGGCAGAUAUGCAUAGCAAAAAUCCAAUAAAUGCAUAUAUAGCAUACACUGAUAAAACGACACAUCAAAGAGACUUUUACAGAGUUCAUUUAGCAACUUUAUCAGAUGAAGGUUAUGACCCAUGAAAAAAGAUAGAUUUGCGGGGAGAAGCCUUUAGGUAAAAUAAUGAAGCGCAAUAAAAUUUGAUAUUUUCUCACACCUUGCCCUUACGAUGACGGCAAUUGACAAACGUUACAAGCACUUCAAAAUGUAGGGCUCACUGUCAGAUAUUUUCCAGUAUAGCAAUGUGGAGGGUAUGGAUGAAAUAAUUGAAAUAGGUAAUCAAGCCGCAAUAUCUUUUACCCUAGCGUAUACCAUAGGCUAUAGAAUAGAUUAACCUACCUUUAUGUCUGGUGAAUACCUGUGUAGCAACUUCUUCAUUUCAUCAGUCAACUUGAGCUGGUUGAUAGGUACAUAAUACAUACUAUUAUUAACGUACAUACGUUGGUUGAUAGCUUGCAACACCCACACAAGAAAUUAGAAAAAGAGAGACUUAAACUAUAUCUCCAAAGGAUAAACUUUUUCAAUAUAUUGAAUAAGAAGAGGAUGGAGUAGGUUACAAUUAUUUCACAAAAUGGAGCAGAAAAAUUGUACAAUUGUCGCAGGCAUUCCCUUUUUUUAAAUCACCAAGCUUAAAAAUUGGCAUUGGUCUAUCUAAUUCAACUUGAAAAUGACAAAGCAAAUGUAAAAUUGCCUACCUUGAUAACGAAUCAGCUUUUAAAUGACAGAAGCAUGACCAGUUGUCGUCACUGGCAGUUGCCAUUACACACCUUACGUGAUAGUCCCGCAAGCAAUGCUGACAGACCAUGAUUUCUGAAGAGGUGGUUUCACCCAGCGAAAAAGAGCAUACAUUUGCAUGAUCGAAUUGGAUGCUGCAGCAAACUUCAGCUCGUUCUUCUGGUUCCAAGUGUACCAAGAGAACAACAUGGUUGAUAGGACCAUUAAGGCUUGACGGAACCCACAGCAAUCGACAUACGUCUUCGAGAUCUUCAGAUCCAAAUUGCCAAUUCAAAGCACAUUUGACGAAAAGGAAUGUAUCCUUAUUCCAAAAGCACCAGAUAUCAUCAUCAUAUGAAGUAUAGCUAGCAAGGAAAAUGCCUUAUGAGAAAUUUCUGUUCAUAGGAUCUUAAAAGGAUUUUACGUGUAGCAAUAGCUCAUCUAGAAUGAAUUUAAUUAGGAUUGAAAUAAAAAUAAAAAUAGGAGCACAAUUGAAAAUAUAUUCAACUGAAACAGCAGAAUCAUCAUGCACAAAGAACUUGAAUUUUCAAAGUUUAACACUUUUACCAAGUUAAAUGAUUUUACCAAGUAUCUAACAAAAUAUGUGCAACUUUGAAAAAUUUAGCAAGAAAACAUUACUAGGUUUUUUAAGUAAGAGAAACAAAUCGAGUUUUGUCUGCUAGCUUAAUUAACCACCCUUCCAAUACAGUUGAAGUAUUUCAUUAGGAUUAAGAUCAUGUUGCAAAGGAAAAGGAUCGUUAAGUAGUGUUUCCUGUGUCCCCAAAAUUAUCAUUAAAUAGUUCAUUCUGUUUAAGAAGACUGAUUGAUACGUUGCACAAACCUCACAAAAUCUUGAAAAAACCCUUGGUUAAAUCAGCUUGCUAGCUCAACAACAAAUUCAAUAAGGUUCAGUGAAAUCUGAUUAACAAUGAUUAUCUCUCAGGAUGUUGAGGAAACUAGGCGAGCAAUUUAUUGUAAUUUAUAAUAGAAAUUCAACGAAAGGUCAUCUGAAAUAUUUUGGUAUUUCGAGGCAACGCCAUCUGUCGUUAAAUGAAAUGCCAGGUUUCUCUUGUCCAUGUCAACUGCGUUAAUCUUGUAGGAAAAACAUAUAUAAACAUUUGGAGCAUACAAACAAUACACAGAAGGAUCCCUAUAUUACACAAUGGGAAAGGUCCGUCACAAAAAACCUAAGACCACAACACCACAUUCUUCAGUUAUGUUUUCAAGCGUUAAUAAUGCCAAUGACACAUAGCUAGCGAGUGAGAGAUUGAAUCUGGAAUCACUGGCGAAUUUCUAAAGGAGAUUUAUUUGAAGUCUUCUUUAAAAGGAUUCUUUAAAAGAUCCUAGGUAAUCCUGAUGUAGAUCCUAUAUUGUAGUACGUACUUGUUCAACAAUGGUAUCCAUGGAAAGUAAACCAAAAUUCAAAGUGCGAAGUUUCACCCAGCUCCAAUUCCUCUCGGUACUGUAAAUGUGCAUAGAGGCCGCUCGAAAAAUACAGUUUCCAUCGCCCUUAACAUUUACAGGCUCAAAACCAUGUUGCCUAAUGUCAGUGGGUACGAGAUGACGGGACCUGAAAAUUGAACACAAAUCGUUCAUUACUUAUACUGACAGUGUAAAUCAGAAGCUUGAACAUAUUUCUAGACCUGUGUGUUCUGCAGACUCUAUAGGCCAUUACUGGUAUUUGAACUUUGUCUGCUAUUUCACAAGCAUCUUCAAAAUGUUGUCUGUGAUUUGUUUCAAUUUCGCAUCUGCCUCUUUGCAAAGAAAAAAUAGUUGUCUUCACUAUUUGAAACCCUUUCAAGAUUUCAACCUCAACAAUCUCAUGUUGCACAGUAGGUAACUAUAACCAAGGUCGGUCCUUACAGUUUUUGGAGUAUUAAAAAAGUCAACAUUGACUGGCAAUAGCCAAAAAAGAUCCAUCAGCUACACAAGAUAUCCAGGCUCUAUCUCUGUUUUAGCUCACAUAAUGCUAACGUUCUUGUCUUAAAAGCAGAACCAAUACACAAGUUUACACUAUGGUAUGCACACUAUGUCACACUUUGUAAUACACAGGCCUGUAUGAGAGGGACUGUAUGUAUAAAAAGCCGAAGGAUUCUAUUGAAGAAUUCAAGCAGAAGCUUCAGAAUACUUGUCAGCUAUGUUUCUAGACGAAUCAUAAUAUUGACCAAUGCAGUUGUGAAUAUCUAGAUCAAAUUUAUUGGCCAAGCAAACAAGUAUCAAGUAUAUUUGAUGUGAUUUAAAUCUAGUCGGAAAAGGCCACUGUUCUUAGACUUGUAAAAGCUAACAUUUUAUGAUUUGUAUUCUUGAGAAGCAAAUCUUAUGUUCCAUUCAGUAUUUUCUACUGCUUGGAAAAUCAUUCUAGCCAAAUAUUCGAAGCCCCUCACACUGGUGAUAGUCUCGAACCAAAACUGAAAGAACACGAUAGUAAGAUGUAAAUAAAGGAACAUUUUUUAUACUGCUACUUUUUUUUACACUUCAGUUGCUCAAUAUAUUUACUAUUGUGUACAUAAACUUUCCAAAGCAAAGCAAAACAUCAAAUCGACAGCAGUUGUGAGAAUCUAAUCAAUCCACCAAAAUUUUAUGGUGAAACCUGCAAAGAUGUAGAAAAGUGGAUAAAUGCAUUUGAAAGAGCAGUAAGAGCCAACGAGUGUACACAGAAAAGACAAGUAGAUGUGCUACCUGUUUUUACAGGAAAGAGAUGCUGACUUUUGGGAUUAGCUUCCAAAAGAAGUUCAGUAUGACAUUGAAUUGCUCAUAGAAACCCUGCAAAACCAUUACUUACCAAAGGAAGCAAGAAGACGUUUCUAUCCAGACCUUUUUUCAAGAAAACAAGAAGAACAAGACUCAGCGAACAAUUUUGGACAAGAUUUCCAACAAUUGAUUCAAUAACCCUAUGCAGACAUGCCCGCUCAAUACCAAGACAACUUUAUGUGAGAGCACAAAUCGCCGACCCUAGUGUUGAUUGCCGACCCUUCAACAUUCAACAGCAACAGGGGGAGAAAUUCACCACCAGAUAGUAAGUUUCUUUUAACCAUGGGUGAAACCGGACAAAAAGGAAAGCAUUAAAGUCCUUGUUGGGUCAGUCCAAAGUUCAAAAAAUGACAUGGCAAAAUGCAUGGAUUGCUUGGAGGAAUCGGUGUCCUCUAACACACCAUAAAAGAAGGCGGAACCAGAUAAGCAGAGAUUUGCCAGAACAAGCCAGAACAAGCAACCAUUUGAGCAGGCAUUUACGUUGCAUGGAUAGGUGACCAAUAUGCGGUUUCUGCAUGAAAGUAGGACACUCGGAAAAAGCAUGUUUAAAAAAACAUGGAUGCCAGAAACAAAAAAACUUGAGGUGUGUGGUAGCUAAAAAGGAAAAAAAUCCUCAGAACAGUUUUAGUAUAAAUUUCUUUUCUAAUGAAUCGUGGCAGUGCAUAACUUGUAACAUAAAUAUUUGGAAAUGGCUUUGAAAAAGGCAAACAUUUUACGACCUUUUAGUAUGUCGUAAAAUGUUUGCUUUUUUCAAAGCCAUUUUCAAAUUCUGUACCGCAAAAAAAUUGUUAACAUAAAUAUUGAAAGUUACGACACAGCAAUUGUGUUAGGUUUGGAAGCAGGUAUCAGGUAUAUCCAUCAUAAGUAGUGAUUUGUUGAUUUGUUUUGUGACAUUGUAGCCAAGUGUGUCACGAGAGAAGAAUUGCAAAUUCUAGGUUGUACAACAAUAAAUCUGGUUGUAGAAGAUAGUUAUUGGUUGGUUGAGUGUUACGUUGGAAGUAACUUUAAGUACUCUUUCUUACUUGGCACUGACUUUUUAACCAAGUCAAGCGCAUAGACUUGUGUAACUUAUAAGCCUGCAUUGGUCACACUAGGAUACCUAUCAGUGCUGUUAGGAAACGCCAGCAGGUAUGGGUCAACCUCUUGCAAUGGUUAGACACCCCAAUGCGUAGUAAAGCCAUUUUAAAGGGAAGUAUCGAAAGGUUGCAAGGUACAGUUGUAUUUGAGCCAAAAAAUGAUUUAUUAUGUAAGAAUGAAUCUGUCAUUUACCCUGCAAGAACUAUUGCUUCUGUAGAGAACGAAACCAUUCUUGUUAAAUUUGUAAACACUAAUAAUUUUUCAGUCAAAGUUUUUUCAGACCCUUCAGUCAAAGCAUAGAAAGGGCUGAAAUUGUUGAUGGAAAGAUCAAUUUAGUGCAGAAAGUCUGUGACUCUUUUGAUUAUGACUUCAAUUGGCUAAAUGAUAUUGGCAUGUCUGAUUCUACAUUACUUGGUAUAAAAGAACUCGUUUAAUUUCACUUCUGAUGGAAUAUGAAGGCGUUUUUGUUACCAAGGAUAUAGAUUUAGGCAAGGCUGAUAGGUUUUUGCACAGAAUAGAUACAGGGAAUACCCACCUAUAAGACAAAGGCCAUAGCCAACAAGACAUGAUGGAUACGCACAUAAUAGCAUGCUGCAGAAUGGUAUCAUUUAACUGUCUGAUAGCCCAUGGUCACAACCUUUAGUGAUUUUGUGUUGAUUUUAAAAAAUUAAACUUGGGAUCAAAAAGCAAAUUUUUCCUAGGAUAGACAAAAUUCCUGGGAGAUUCGUGCUUUUUUACUUCUCUAGAUUUAGCUUCUUGGUACUAUCAAGUCCCUAUGGACCCCCAAGAUAUGGAGAAGACUGUCUUUUGUACUCGUGCAGGAAAUUUUGUAUUCAAAGUAAUGCCAAUGGGUUUAGUUAAUGCGAGUUUCACUUUUCAGAGAAUGAUGCAAUUAGUGCUAAGUUGGUUACAAUGAUAUAUAUGCAUGGUAUAUUUAGAUUACUUCAUCGUUUUUCCUAAGUCAUUCAUCUUGAAAACCUGCGUUUAGUAUUUGGUAGAUUUAGAACUGAGGGAUGUGAACUAAAACCAAUAAAGUGUAAUUUUUCCAAACCAAAGGUUCUCUACUAAAGGCACACUAAAGGCACAUCGUAGGAAAGGAUGGUAUAAAACCUUACUCUGAGAAAGUUGCUGUAAUACGUAACUAACUAGUUCCGACAAAUUGUUUCAUAGUAAGAAGUUUCAUAGCACUUGUUUAAUAUUUUCAUAUAUUUAUCAAAGGUUUUGCUAAUAUAGCUACCUCAAUAAAUGCAUUGCUUUAAAAAGGUGUAAUAUUCUAUUGGAAUGAACAAGGUCAUAUUGCAUUUAGAAUUUUAAGAAACGCUUUGCUGUCAGCAUGGAUUCUAUCAAAUCCAAAUUUUGAUCAUAAAUUUACUCUCCAUACUGACCUCUCAAAUGGGUAUAGAUGCGGAUCUUGCACAACAAAUUGGUGAAGUUGAGAGGACUAUAGCAUUUAUAUUAAGGAUGCAUGCAAUUAUAUUAAGAAUAUUGCAAUGUGAAUGCAAUCAUAUUAAGAAUAACGAUAGUUAUGUAUCUACUGUAGAGGUUCAAGGGUUACAAUGACCGAGUGAAAGAUAUGCAAGAACAAGGACAACAUACCUGUUGAAUGUAAGGAAGCACAUAAGUUUAUGGCAACUAGUGAAGAUCGUUUUAUGGGGAAUAAAAUCUUAUAUCAUGUUGACAAAGGUAACGCUAGGUUCAGGGAAACAGUAAGGAAGCAAUUGGUAAUCCAACGGUCAUUAAGGGAUGAAAUUAUUUUACCAUGGCAUGAAGAAGUUACGUCAGGUCUUUCAGGUUUUGAAAAGACUUAUCUAGGGAUUUUACAAGGCUACCUUUAAAACACAGAAUCCAGAAUAUGGAGUCCAGAAUACGGAAUAUGGAAUCAGGAAACUAUCUAUCACACAUAUUUAUAGACAGGGUAUGCAGUUGUGUGAUUACAUGGAUCCCACUCACAAUGUUAGAAGAACUCAUACUCAACUUGAACCAAAGUGGCCAGAUCUCAGAAAGCUGAACGACAAAGAAACUGUCUACAGACAAAAGCAGCAAGAUUACUUCAAUACACAACAUCGUGCAAAACCGUGUAUAAUUCGUAAACAACCGGUGUAUAAAAGGGGGCUCAGUUGAGCUUAUGAAUUUCUAGUCUCAGUCAGAAAUCUUGGUGAGCACUGUAUUGACUUCUCUGAAACACACAACAGGCACAAAAAGCGAAAGACCAAGAAUCGUGAAAACGUUGUUGUUCAUCUGGAGUAGAUGACCGAUGUUGACUUCUCCAGCAUAGAAAAAGCUGUCAAGAUCGUGAAUACAUUGUUUUUCAUCUGGAGUAGAUAACCGAUGUUGACUUCUCCAGCAUAGAAAAACCACCAUUUUACUUCCAAAAAUUGACACUCGCUUCUCCACAUACGAUCAGUUCUGGCUAGACCCAAAACUUUGGGACAAUAGCAACAAGAUGUAUGGCAAUGCAGAAAUAAACAGGUUGUGUGUCGAAUUUGAUUCCCUCAUGACGGCAGCUGGCUUC